CCCAGCCAGCGACGCACACCAGCCUGGCCGCCCUGGCCACCGCCGUCACAAAGACACCUCUUCCUCUUCUCUUCUCCUCUUCAAACACCUUCGGGUAUCCAAAACUACUUAAAAAAAGCUCUCGCAACCCCCUCCAAACGCACACCCGGCUGCUCCGUCACGAAAGACGAAGCGACCAACAAAAAAAACAAAACAGACAUCAUGGCUGACAACAACGAGAACGGCCUCGAGCUGAGCGCCGACCUUAUCGAGUCCAACUGGGACCAGGUCGUUGACAACUUCGACAACAUGGAGCUCAAGCCCGAGCUCCUCCGUGGUGUCUACGCCUACGGUUUCGAGCGCCCCUCGGCCAUCCAGCAGCGUGCUAUCAUGCCCAUCAUCACUGGCCGUGACGUUAUCGCUCAGGCUCAGUCGGGUACCGGCAAGACCGCUACCUUCUCGAUCUCGAUCCUCCAGCGCAUUGACACCACUGUCAAGAAGACCCAGGCCCUCAUCCUCGCCCCUACCCGUGAGCUCGCCCAGCAGAUCCAGAAGGUCGUCAUCGCCCUCGGUGACUACCUCAACGUCGACUGCCACGCCUGUGUCGGUGGUACCGCUGUCCGUGAGGACAUUGCCAAGCUCUCCGAGGGCCCCCACGUCGUUGUCGGCACCCCCGGCCGUGUCUUCGACAUGAUCAACCGUGGUGCCCUCCGCGCCGACUCGGUCAAGAUGUUCUGCCUUGACGAGGCCGACGAGAUGCUCUCGACUGGCUUCAAGGACGCCAUCUACGACAUCUUCCAGCUCCUCCCCGCCGAGACCCAGGUCGUCCUCCUCUCGGCUACCAUGCCCGCCGACGUUCUUGAGGUCACCAAGAAGUUCAUGCGUGACCCCAUCCGUAUUCUCGUCAAGCGUGACGAGCUUACCCUUGAGGGUAUCCGUCAGUUCUACAUUGCUGUCGAGAAGGAGGAGUGGAAGCUCGACACCCUUUGCGACCUCUACGAGACUGUCACCAUUACCCAGGCUGUCAUCUUCUGCUCGACCCGCCGCAAGGUCGACUGGCUCACCCAGAAGCUGCACGAGCGCGAGUUCACCGUCUCGGCCAUGCACGGUGACAUGGACCAGGCCCAGCGUGAGGUCAUCAUGAAGGAGUUCCGCUCGGGCUCUUCGCGUGUCCUCAUCGCCACCGACCUCCUUGCCCGUGGUAUCGACGUCCAGCAGGUUUCGCUCGUCAUCAACUACGACCUCCCCGCUUCCAAGGAGAACUACAUCCACCGUAUCGGCCGUGGUGGUCGUUUCGGACGUAAGGGUGUUGCCAUCAACUUUGUCACCACCGAGGACGUCAAGAUGCUCCGUGAGAUUGAGACCUUCUACAACACCCAGGUCGACGAGAUGCCCCUUAACGUCGCCGACCUCAUCUAAGUCACACUUUCCGGCAUCUUCUGGUCCACUUUUUGUAAUCGUGCAAACCUGUAUCGCUGGCGUUUAGCCACCUUAGCACCUUCCCCCCUCCCCCAACACCACCCCACCAAGACCCCAACCCCCAAACCCCCACC